AACACCCUGUAUAAUAACAUAAGUUACGUAAUACAGGUGCCGGUCUUAAGCCAUGUGUAGGCACUCCUGGGCUCACAGCAAGCUCGGGGCCUGCGGCUGAUGGGGUCCCAGGGAAGAGCGAAAUCCGGUUUUGCCAUUGAAGAAAAGGAGGGAUACUCAAAUAUAUUAAUCUUGGGGAUUUGCCUCCCCUCCACGCUCUUCAAUUUUUAAUCUCCAAUAUAUCUACUCCCCUCCCCGAGACGAACAUCUUCCUGAACAUGAAUCCUACGCUGAAUAUUUUUCCGACCAUAUGUUAGAAUAUUUUCUUCUGAACCAUAUUACACUCCGUAUAAAGAUUUGACACUGACAUAUAUUGAGCUUGUGGACCAAUUUUACACCUCCAAGUGUGCUUCGUGUGACUUUUUGAAAGAUGGCCGAUGAAGAGGCUCCACCAGAAGAAACUCCAUCAGAGGCGCCAGCAGAAGAUGCACCACCAGCUGCUGCGGCCGCUGAAGGAGAUGCCCUAGCUGAGAAGCAAAAUGGUGAAGGAGGAACAGGUGAAGAAAAAUCAGCAGAAUUGGGACCAGAUGUGGGAGGCUCAGAAGGCGAAUCAGAAGGCGUCUCAGCUGAUAAGCUACAACAAGAUGAGAGAGAGGCUUACCAACAAGCUGAUGGCAAAUCAGAGCCAGCAUUUGUACCUGAGAAGGAAACUGUUUGUGCUGAGGAAACAGAAGAUCUGACGCCAAGAGAAGGAAAAUAUGAUGUCUUGAACCGACAGGCUCUGGGAAGCGUCAUUGAUAUCAGAAAAGGAAGUGUCCCUGGAGAUAUUUCAGACAGAAAGACUGCUCGUUAUAUGAAUACGUACAAGCUGGAGUCAGAUAACCCUUUCAAUCAUGAAAAAGUAGACAAAAUCCUGGUAAACGUGAUGACUGAAGCAAUAGAAGGUUUAAAAUAUGACGCAGACAAGUGCUCCAAACAAGCCAGAUGGGCAUCUAGCGCUAUUAGAGCAAAAGUGAAAGAACUAGAAUUUGACAGGUGCGAAAUCUUGAACAAAUAUAAGGGCUGAGUGAUAACCUAGUGAACAUAUAGUGACCUCAUAAUGUCGGCAUCUUCAGAGCACGACUGACGUACGCCGACUAACAAAAAUGACGUAGAAAUUACGUCAAUAUGAUGAUCUAAUGUGACACCCAAUUGACAUCAUUAUAUGACGUCAUAGUAUGUCGAAUAAAAUACCAAGUAAAAAGUCGAUAUGACGUCCGUAUGUUGUGGAUAUGACGUCUAUUUGAGGUCGAUAUGACGUACAAUAGCUCGCAAAAAUAUUAAUCGCGCGGUGAAUCCAAAUACUCCAGAAAAAUUGAGGAUGUGACAACUACGCCCCACAAGCAGUGAGUUCAGAAGUGUUAGAAAGACGACAGAGUUAAUAUUCUACUUACCUUUCACUCUUAAACCCUCUCAUUCUGAGACGUCGUUAUCACCU